UCAGUCCCGGCAAACUCUCCCAACGCCCGCGCCGGGCUCGGCACCAAGCACCAAGGUACCAUGGUCUGCAAGACUCUCUUCGCUCUCUGCAUCUUCACGGCAGGACUGACGGUACAGAGCGUGUCUGCAUCUGCCCUCUCACCUGUUUCUCUUCCUGCAAGCAUCACGCCACUGACAACAGUCUGGACCAGCUCUCCACAAAGGCCUCCUGCGUCCCCAGCCAGUGACACGCCCAGCAACCCAGUCCUCCCGAUUACAGCAUCAGCCCAGACAUCUCCACCCACCAAGAACGUUUCCAUAGAGCCCAGAGAAGAGGAGCCCACCAGUCCAGCCUCCAACUGGGAAGGCACAAACACAGACCCCUCACCAACUAGCGGUGGAGCCCACUUAACCCCGACGCCUGAGGAACACAGCUCAGACUUUCCUGAGGCCAGGGUGCCAGCUACAGGGUCACAGCCCCCCACUGAGUCUCCCGCACUCACCUCCCCUCAAGCACCAGCCUCAUCACCCUCACCCCCAUCAACCUCACCGCCGGAGGUUCCUUCUGCGUCCGUCGGCACCAAUCAGACCUCGACUGAGACCAGCACCAAGUUUACAGGAGCCCCAACCACCCCAGAGUCCCCAGCGGAGGAGCACAGCUCUAGCCACACACCUACUUCACAUGCCUCAGCUGAACUGGUGCUCACGGAGACGACACCCCAAGCAACUGUGCCAGCCAAAGUGACCUGUGUGCUGAUAGACAUCGAGACCACCACCGCCUCCCCCAGGGUGAUCAUGCAGGAAGUGGAGCAUGCGCUAAGCUCAGGCAGCAUCGCGGCCAUUACGGUGACAGUCAUUGCUGUGGUGUUGCUGGUGUUUGGAGUGGCAGCAUAUCUAAAGAUCAGGCACUCCUCCUACGGAAGGCUCUUGGAUGAUCACGACUACGGGUCCUGGGGAAACUACAACAACCCUCUGUACGACGACUCCUAACAAAGGAACAUGGCACAGGAUGAGGAGCAACUGUCUUUAUUUAUCAGUGCUUAUCCAGUAGAAUUAAUUACAAGAACCUGAUGCUCACUGAGCGACAAUCUUCAGCCUUGUUGUGUUGGUUUGGUUGUUUUGUUUUCCUCCCUCUCCUCUGGCUGCUACAACUCACCCUUUCUGGUACCAAAAAAAAAAAAAAAAAAAUUAAAAGUGAGUGGAGGCUGAUUUGCAACUGACAUGGGCCAACCUUGAGCCCUCCAGGCUGGACACCACCACGAUGGAGGUGUCUGUACCCAGGACAGGACCCACGGCAAGAAGAACUGAGAAGAGGGGUCAGGCUGUGUCAUCAGAGGUUACUUUUAGGGGAACUUGCCGUUUGUGGUAUUUCACAAACUUUUCUUUGGGAAAUUACAUUAAAUCUCAGUGGGAGGAGUCCGCCCUGCAGGUGAGGAUGCAGGAUUCCUUUUUAAUCUCUCUUCACCUGGUUGUGUCUGACAGGAAGCCUGUUCAGCUCUGCAAGCUGGAUCCUAGCUUCUCAGCCGCCUAAUUAAGGAAGGAGGAAAACCGAGGUGCCCGAGGGAGUCAGAGUAGCAGGCUGCUGUCAGAUUUCAGCGUGCCCUCAACAUGUCCUCCCCUCCAGGGCACCUGUCUCUGCUAAGGAUGCCCAUUCUGGUCAAUUGCAGCUGCGACCCCAGCCCACACACCUUUAGGGAGUUGUGGUUCCACAGGAGAAGGCUGUGAGAUGAGUUUAGUUAUGGAAAAGAAAGAGAGAGAUGUGUGGAGUGAGUGUAAUGGGGGGCGUGGAGGAGGGUGGGAGAGAAGGGAGGGCCCCAUAUGCAUUGAGCGCCUCAUUCGGGGAAGUGGGACUCAGCCCUCAAUACCCAGCGGGGACAUGCACUGCUUGGAGGAGCCUGUAGAAUCCUUGCUUUCGACCCACAGAGCAACUGGUUCACUGCCUUACUGUCUGUUGGAUAACGUCUGUAAACUAUUUUUUAAAGAAAUUUUUUAAGGGCACUAGUCUACCUGCAAUUGCUCGGUGAGGCAUUUCCAUAGGAAACAGACAUGGGGAUUAAUCCAUUUAUUCUUCCCUUAACCCUGCCUUACUAAUCGUGCCCUUUAACAAGUGAACACCCGUCGGUACAGAGACAUAAAAUCCUGCAUCACAAAUUUUGAAAAGGAACUGAUCAUCUUUGCGGGCAUCCAUUUACGGCUGUGGUUCUCCAGCAGCAGAGAGGACAUUUGAAAGUUUCUGGUGAUAUUUUUGGGUGUCACAACUGACGGGUGCUAGUAGUGAGUGAAGGUCAUGGAUGUGCUAAACAUCCCAUGAGGUACAGGAUGGCCCAUCACAACUAAGAAUUAUCUGGCCUGAAAUGUCAAUAGUGCCGAGUUUGAGGAACCCUGAUUUAUUUCAAUGCCCAUUGUGACAAAACCAGACCCUCCCAGGUUAGUGAGUUUAUUUUUAACUAAAUGAAAUAAUUGGUUGAUUAUUGGUUAUAUCUGAAAAGUGUUUCAUUUGUUGGCUGAUGGGUUGUUUUUGCUAUGCAUGCUUGCCUUUUGAUUUCUAUGUAUUUUCUAGAUAGCUUUAUUUCAUGGCUAUAACUCUGUCCUCUUGUAACACAGAACAUUAGUAAUUGGCAUCUUCUGUCCUGAUUUCAUGGAGUAGAAAAACAUACAUUGGCGUCUGUCUCCAAAUGUGUUAUAUGCUCCCACAAUAUCAUAAAGAACUUAAAGUUGCAUUAUUUUAUUUCUAAACUUGGCCCUGUUGCUGUGACUCUGUUUAGUUUCCAGAAACUUGACCUUCAACUCCUCCUGUCACUCACUGUGGAGUAAAGGACUGACAUGAAAACGGCUGCUGCCAUGCUGUUCUAAACCUUUCUGGUGUCAGAGACACCAGGACCGAUGCCACUUUCCGCAACCUACCACUCCCACACUCUGAAGGAAAUUAUUCCUAAACUCCUUAGGUACCAAAGGGGAAUGAGCAAUCCCCAGAGUUGUUUUACAGCAGGAGUGAAGACUGAGAAGUAGGCUUCCAGGAAUUCUCAUAUCUGUGAUCAUCUUUUUUUAAAUAAAGGAUAUUGUCAGAAAAAUGGCCAGGAAUGACCAAGGGUGCCCCUUCUGACCAUGCUUGGCCUGAAUAAUUGGCCCCCUUCCCGACCUUCACCCCCUUUAUAAGCUUUAGGUUUGGCAAAGGACAAUUCAAUAAAAACAGGACAUUCCAUAUAUUUUUUUCUCCCUUGGUCACAAACAUGUUGACAAAAUGUCCAUGAGACACUUUUGCAGAGGUGAGACCUGGAUGUUGCUCUGUCAUAAGUACUGUGUCAGAGGGACCAGCCUCUCCCCAGGGAAUUCCGACCGAUUAUAAAUCAUGGACUCAGCAAACAUCUUCCUUAUCAAAGGCUCCUGUUGUACAAGAGUCCUUGAUGGACUGGUCAUUCUUAUUAACUUCCAGGUCCUUAUGGUGAAGAAAGGGACUUGGACCUACAGCAGAUGCAUUCAGCCAGGUGACAGUUUCCCAUAAAAACUCUUAACACUCCUUGUUAUGUUAGUAUCAAAUAUCAAUGGGUUGAACCUUAUUUUGCCAAGUGGCAUUUUUUCCUGUUCUUGAGUUGGCCAAGAAAUUUAACUGCAUUCAAGAAAUAUUGCUUAACACACACACACACAUAUACACACAUCUGAAAUGUAUGCUAAUAACUGACGUCCUUUACCUCAAGGAGCGAGUCUGUUCAAGUCUACCCGACGGAAACGGCUCCAGGGGAUUGAAAACAACCAGACACCAUCCAGGGACAGGACUAGUCCUAAAGCGUCAGAGAGAAUGUCAGAGCAGGAGGGAGGCCAGCAGCCUCUUCUCGACCAUGGAUUGCAAAUGUUGACAGAGUGGGGCUCAACUUUGUUUACUUUCACCACGGCCCCGACAGAGUCUCCUGCCCUCCCUGGAUGUCUGUGUCUUCAUUUCUUAGGCAGGCGUGAUGCUGUCAUAUUGACCUCACCCCCUGCUACCUCACAAAUGGGUUGUGAGGAUUCAUGAAAUCAUGUCUACUAUGUUUUCAGUUUCUGGAGAAAAAUAUUUAUAGACAUUUUAAGUAUUACACAGGUGUACGAGUGAUCUCAGUUUCUUGUUUGUUGUUAUACUGCUGUGUUGUUUUUACUUAAAUCUAUAGAACGACAGCUGUAUGGUAGCUCCAUCAGACAGCUGUUCCAGCUCCGGGCUACCCCCCAGUGCCACUGGCUGACCUCCUGGGACCACAAAGGAUGGUUUCCAUCCUUGAGUGAAAGGAUGGCCCAGGACACAGGUCUCACAGACUAUUGAGUUAGGGUAAUACAUGGACACUUGAGCACUAAGAGCAGUAAACUGGCCUUGACCACCCCAAAGUCUUCUGAGUUCUUUGUGGAGUUGAUUUUGGUUUGAUGUCAUCCGUUUGCCCUUCCUCUUGCUUGCAAGGGUGCAUGGUUCAAUCCCUCGCAUCUGGGAAACGAAUUUUGCAACUGGGCCAGAUGCUGAUUUGCACGUUGAUUCACCUUCUUUGCCUUUUACCUCUAUUUUGGCAAAUGAAUGUACCAUUUCAACUUUGAUUUUAAAGUGCUAGUUGAUUUUGGUAAUAGCGCUAACUAUGAGACCAAUGCUAACCAAGAGACCAAUGACAGAUUGCUUUCUUGGAGUGAGUUAGCCAACCUCAUUUAAAGAUGGAAAGACGUGCAACUCCUUUGAUAUUUGCUGUCACUGUAUCUACAUUUGUUGUAAGACAUACUGCAUACUAAUUAUGAUUAUAUCAAUUAAAGUUCUUAAAAGCUUGCG